AUGAGUUUUGCUGCCAAAGAUACGGACCCGUCUCACCUAGACUCCUAUCUCACUGGUGAGAAUUCUGAGCCUGCAGGUCUAGACUACAACUCCUCCAGCCCUACUUCUCCACAAACCAGGCUGGACCUGGACUCCCUGGAUGAAAACGUUUCCCUUUCUGUUCUAGAUGCCAUGGCAGAGCCCUCUGCAUCCACAUAUGAAUCCCACCCAGCUUCAGAACCAGACUUGACCGAGGCUGAACAAAUGGAGCUCAAAUCUAAGCUCACUAAAUUGGAGGAAGAGAUCCUAACAUUACGCAACAUGCUGGCAGCCAAAGAGAAGCAGUGUGGGGAACUCAGGAAGAAUUUAGGAUGCGUGGCCUUGGUGGGACUAAGGCAGAAUCCGUCCAAGAACUGGCAUGAUGCCCAGGCCUCCAACGCCUGCAUGAAGGAAAAGACUUCACCCGCCUUGACCUCGGUGGGCUCUGGCAUUUGCAGAAAGCUUGAAGACGUGAAGAAGUCAUCCACCUUCAGAUCUCUUGAGGGGAUGAUGGAGACGGUCAAGUCAAGAGUUGCAGGUGGCAGAGAGCUUGGUAGUGGCCUUCUUUCUUCACCAGCGAGUGUCACUGCUCCACACUCAGUUCCAGGGAGGGGCUAUGAAGCUGUUCCAGAGCUUGGAGAUCAACUGCUUUCCAUCUUGAAGCCAGAGUAA